AUGGCUGGCAGACCUCCAUUGAAGCGCCCACCGCGCGCCAGUAGCGACGCCAGCUUUGGGUCAAAUGCGCCAACCAUGUCAGGAGAUAAAAUCGAAAAACCCGGCCCCGGGAAGAAAUUUACGGCUGUUCCGCUUGAUGGAAACCCACUGCUGCCACUGUUCUCGUCAUUGCAGGAGGAGGGAUUUUCAUGGAUUGAUUUUCAGCGGCCAAGGAAAUUCUACACGAGGGAUAAGAACGACGAAAUAACGAUACAGAAAAUGUCAGACGAGGACCUCUUGUCAGAGUGGCAGAAUACAUUCCGCAAAGCUGUCGUCGACGCUCACAUUCUACACCGUGCCGGGGACCAUCGCAUGAGAUGGCUAUUGGCCCUUCGUGUCAAUGGCCUGUACAUCACAAUCGAGCCCAAGCCAACCAGUACACCAGCAACUAGAUUCGUCUCUGAGGGCGAUGGGUGGGUAAAGGUCCAGUUUGUUGUCACUCUCGAGCCGGAGGAUCUACUCUUGCCGGAAAAUAUCAACCAGUACGACUCUUCCGAUAUCAAUGUGCCCCCGGCCCCAACCAAGAUUGCCGCAGAUGGCUGA